UCGGCUGCCUUAACCCUCCAUACUAAUAUCGUCUCCUGAAGACGACGACGACGACGUUCAACAGUAUUGAGGCGGGUUCGCAUUCUCAAGGAAAAGUUGCACCAUGCAGGCGAAUCUUUUGAAUUUGAUGACGAGGUCCAUGAAGCCAUCAUGUAUGAAGAGAGUUAUGAGUCCUGUGCUGUCAGCUAUGCAACAACGUGGGUAUGCUAGUAAUUUGGAUGCUGACAUUGUUGUUAUUGGUUCUGGUCCUGGUGGUUAUGUUGCUGCAAUAAAAGCUGCUCAACUCGGAAUGAAAACUGUAUGCAUUGAGAAAGAUCCAACACUUGGUGGUACAUGUUUGAAUGUAGGCUGCAUUCCUUCAAAAUCGUUACUUAAUAACUCACAUUAUUAUCAUAUGGCACACAGUGGUGACUUAGAUGAGAGAGGAAUCAAAGUUUCUGGAGUUAGUCUUGACUUGCCAAAACUUAUGGAACAGAAGAGUAAUGUUGUGAAGGCUUUAACUGGAGGAAUUGCAAUGCUGUUUAAAAAAAACAAAAUAGAGCUAGUCAGUGGUCAUGGCAAAAUCACUGGUCCAAAUCAAGUGACUGCUUUGGGCCCAGAUGGCUCAACUGUAGCAACUGUCAACACUAAAAACAUUCUAAUUGCAACAGGAAGUGAGGUAGCUCCUUUUCCAGGUAUUGAAGUUGAUGAGAAACAAAUUGUGUCAUCAACUGGUGCUCUUUCACUAGCCUCUGUUCCUAAGAAAUUAAUUGUUAUUGGUGCUGGUGUAAUUGGUUUGGAAUUGGGAUCUGUAUGGCAAAGGUUGGGAUCUGAUGUGACUGCAGUUGAAUUUAUGAGCUCUAUUGGAGGAGUUGGUAUUGAUGCAGAGGUCAGUAAAACCAUGCAGAAAAUUAUGACUAAACAAGGACUUAAGUUCAAAUUAGGAACAAAAGUGACAGCUGCUGCCAAAACUAAUGGAAGCAUUCAAGUCGCCUUAGAAGAUGCUAAAGAUCCCAGCAAAAAAGAAAACGUUGAUUGCGAUGUUCUUUUAGUAUGCAUAGGUAGAAGACCAUACACCAAAAAUCUUGGUUUGGAAGAAAUUGGUAUUGAAAAGGACGAGAAAGGAAGAAUACCUGUCAACGGCAGGUUCCAAACUGUGAUUCCAAACAUUUAUGCUAUUGGUGACUGCAUUCACGGACCUAUGCUGGCACACAAAGCUGAAGAUGAGGGUAUUAUUACUGUUGAAGGCAUUGCUGGAGGUGCUGUACAUAUUGACUAUAACUGUGUUCCAAGUGUAAUUUACACCCAUCCAGAAGUUGGCUGGGUAGGUAAAUCGGAAGAAGACCUCAAGAAAGAAGGUAUCGAAUAUAAAAUCGGCAAAUUCCCUUUUAUGGCCAACUCAAGAGCAAAGACGAAUCUGGAGACAGAUGGUUUUGCGAAAGUCUUAGCUGAUAAGAACACCGAUAAGAUUUUAGGUGUGCACAUGAUUGGACCGGCUGCUGGUGAACUUAUUAACGAGGCUGUACUUGCUAUGGAGUAUGGAGCGAGUGCUGAAGAUGUUGCUAGAGUUUGCCACGCUCACCCGACUUGCGCGGAAGCUUUGAGGGAAGCGCAUUUAGCAGCAUACUUUGGUAAACCAAUUAACUUCUAAGACAUUAGAAGCACCAGACAUCAUACUAUACAUCUCGGGAAGGCACUGUAGCUUAAAAUCUAGUCUGCAUUGUGAGACGUUACACACCGAGAUAAAAAAUACGUACACUGAGGCAAACUGUUCCGGUUGUCAUUCUCUGCCUCUCGCUCGUCACUGCUAACUAUGAACGAUUAAAAAAAGAGGAAAUUUAACCCAAAACUGUAAAUAAGAUUUUCAAUUAUCGAUUUGAAAGUGGGACCAGUGGCCUUCUUUCAAAUAAGGUUUAUCAUUGUCUUAUCGUAUUUAUUGAGAAUAAAUCGAUAGCCAUUACGUCUCAAAGGUGUAAGAAGGCUGUGAAAAGCUCGCAUCGAAUUUCUUCUCAAUCCUAUACCCAAGAUAAACGCUGACUUUAGGAUACACGCUGAUCGUUAUUUAUAAUGCUCAUUUCCUUCCUCAAAAUGCAUUUGAUUUUACUUUCUGUAAUUAUCAUUUGUUCUUCGUAUAUUGUUCAUGUUUAUAGUCUCUUUUUUUCAAAUAUGGAAAUGUGUUUGGAAAACUUUCAAUAUCUGGAUGUUACUAAAUUAUAUUUUGAGGUAUUUUUGAGCAAAAAACAAAUUAAGGAAUUUUUUAAAACAGUAAGCUGUUAUAUAAUACAUGUAUUAUAUUAGGUUGACAUUGUUAUUGAAUUAUUCAAUGAAAGCAAUAAAGUUUAAGUUAAAAAAAUGUGACACUUAAAUAACAUGAAGUCUGUCAAAUAUUAAUAUUUAUCAUGAAACAUUAACAGAUUUCGGUAGUUUCAUUAUCCGUUGAAGUUCAUGAAACUGAUGUAUUAUACAUUGCCUGCUAUUUUUAACGAAAUAAAAUGUUAUAAAAGUUGCGAAACAUUGAGCAUAUAGUGAAGAUCACAUACCAAAUGUUUUUUUUAAUUUAAACAAAUUAAUAUUACCUGAAAUUUUUUAUUUUUUCGUGUAGUUAUGUACAAAAAUUAAUAUUUAUAGUAAAAAGUAAAGGCUACUCUAUAAAAUUUCCUCCCACGGUAUGUAUGUAGAUACGCAAAUGUGUGUUGGAGAUAGGAGAUUCAUUGUUUUACAAUUAUUUGCUGGAGCAAAGUUGGGAUUCGGGAGAUUUCCACAAAUAUACCCUGUGAAAGUAGUUAUUGCUAAAGCAAUUCUGGAUUGUGUUAUGUAGCAAUUUUAUUAGACAAAAUAUAAAAAAAACACGUUUUACAAUUCGAUUACAAAAUGAAUAACAAACAAAAACUCCAUUUGCAAUUAUUGUAUUCAAGUGGAUGACAGUUGGAUUUGUUAUUCCUUUUCUAAAUUUUUUGUCAUUUAAAAUGGCUGCACAUGAUUAUUGAGAACUGCUUUAGCGCAAACUUUAUAUCAACAAAUAUUUGUCAUAAAUUCACCGAAUCUCGCUUUUUCUUCAUUAAAGAAGUCAUAGAGUAAAGGGUUGCCUAUUUUUGGAACGUAUUUGUUUAUCUAUAUAUUUGUCAGAGGGUGUCAUAAGUAAUCUUAUUUACAAUAACUAUAAUCUGGAGUAGCAAUAUGGCCCUAUACUUAUGUAUAAGUUGCCAAUAAAAAUUACACUAUAAUAACUAAGUUGGAAUAUCAAUCACGUUUAAUUAUACGG